ACCGAUUUGGAUUGGCUUUCUUUCAACUUUGAUCAAAUUAAUUUUGAACAUGUCACAAUAGUUGGUCUAUAAUUGCCUUAAGCAAGUAAAAAUACUCUAGUCUGGCAUCUUUAUUGGAAAGGUAUUUGCGCCAAACAAAAUUAUUUAGCAAUAUUCGACUGUAUAGUUAUUUUUGUGCACUGUACAUAAUUGAUAUUCGCAAUCUUAAAGAAACAAAUAACAAUGUUAUAAAAAGUUUUAAGCAUUUAGUCAGUUGGCAUUAACGUGUGAAAAUCUAAGAAAAAAAUAUGAGCCUAAGUCUGUGUCGGAAACGACGCACUCAGGCUAACGACGACGUUUCAAGUGUUUGCACUAAUUCCACUAUAGUUACGAAGCACCGUGGUGCGCGACAGCGGAGAAGGGAUGAACUACCGGCUGCAGGCGCUGAAAAGAGUGCAAAAGCUCAAGAGGAUGGACCAAGUUGUAGCCAAGCGAAGAGGCCGAGACACAGUACUCCACAAAUGUCUACUUCGCAAAUAACAAGGGAAGCUGCCCGCUGUGGUAAAAUCAAAAAAGUGGUUUUGUUAAAUUUCAUGUGUCAUGCUAAUUACUGCAUAGAACUGCACUCGCGCGUUAACUUCAUGGUUGGUCGCAAUGGUUGCGGAAAAAGUGCCAUACUAGCGGCACUUGUAGUGGGUAUGGGGGGGCGUGCACGAGCGACUAAUCGCUCGACGGCUCUACACAGCUUAAUAAGAAAUGGUCAAAGCACAGCACGUGUCGAAAUCACUAUUUCUAACGAGGGUGUUGAGGCUUUCAAGCCUGAAGUUUAUGGUGACCAAAUAACAAUAGUGCGUACCAUCACACAAACAGCAAGUAAUUAUAAAAUCAAGAAUUCGCGUGGGCAUAUAGUGUCGGAGAAAUUUGAUGAAUUAAAGCGCAUCAUCGAAAUUCACAAUAUACAAGUUGACAAUCCUGCAUUCGUUAUGAAUCAGGAUAGUGCGCGAGAAUUUCUAAAAGAUAUGGAACCAAAGAAAAAUUAUCAGCUCUUUCUAAAGGCAACACAACUCGAUUCAAUACAAGAGCAGCUUUACAAAUGUUUUUAUGAGUAUAAAGAUCAUCAAGAACGUAUAAAAUUUAUAGAAAAGAAACUGAAUCAGGAUCAGCAAAAAAUCAUCGAUUUUGAAUCAGAAUAUAGCAAGUUAUUGUCAUUUGCUCAACUGAAACAUGAAACCAAUCGCAAAAAAUCCGAAUAUGAAUGGUCGAUAGUGAAUCGAUUAGAACUAGAAAUUAGCACUAUGGAAAAAGCACUUGCCGAUAUAAUACGUGAUCGCGAUAAACUUGAGGAACAGGCACAGCGCAAGAAUGAAAUUGAAAACGAACACAAAGGGGAAAUAGAAGAAUGCAAAAAAAUCAUCGAGUCAUGCCGUACAGAGUACACCGAAAAGAAUGAAUAUUGUCAAAGUAUCAAUGCAAGAUUAAAAGAGAAAUCAAAUGCUUGUCAUGGCUUGAAGUGCGAUGUGGAAAGUUGCAAAAAGCGCGUUUCUCAUUUGGAAUCAUUAAUUGCAGAUUUGGAGCAGAAUAUUGCACAACGUUCAAAAACAAUGGGCGUUGAAGAGCUUCGCCAGCGCAAUGAAACGGAAUUGGAGACCUUAACCAAAGAACAGGCCGAAAAUAAGGCUAUGAGUGAAUCAGCCAAACGUGAACAUGAAAUUUUCGUCGAAAAUAAAUCACAAAAAGAAGAAGAAUGUAGAAAUAUUAGAUCACAAAUUGAAAACUCCAGUCGGCACAUUGAUAACCUCAAGCGUGAAAUAACAAAUUUGCAAGGGAACAAAAAAAAUCGCUUUUCAAUUUACGGCCAUGAAAUGCAAGCAUUAUUGGAGGAAAUUGAUCGCUAUUAUCGUGCCGGAAAAUUUAGUGAGCGACCGCGUGGUCCCAUCGGCAGUUACUUGGACGUACCUGAGCAAAAAUAUCGUGAUGUUGUGGAGAAUCAAAUUGGCGGCUUACUUCGUGCCUUCCUCGUGAACAACACAGCAGAUAGGGUGCUUUUGAAUAAGAUAAUAAAACAGCGUUGCCCCAAUAUGCAUGUGACCAUUGUGACAGCAAAGUUUUUAAAUAAGGUGCAUGAUGUACGCGGCGGUUGUGUGCGUCCUCCCCAAGGCACAUGCUUACUUUAUGACGUCAUUAAAUGUCGCGAUGCCGUCGUUAUGAAUUGUUUAAUUGAUCAGUUAAACGUUGAUACAAUUUUACUGACGGAUAACAAGAAUACUGCCGAGCAUUUGACAAUGCAACAGGAGCAGGUGCCACAAAAUCUGCGCAAAAUCAUUGUAGCCACACAACCGGCUCUGGAAUACUUUCCCGAUCCGAAAUUUCGUAUGUACUCGUUAACUAUACGGCCUGCACGUCUCAUACAAGUGAAUGUUGACGAGUGUAUUAGGCAACGCGAGCACGAGUAUCGUGUAGCCGUAGCGGAAAAAGCGGAAUUGCAAACAGCUUUUGAACAAGCCCAACGUGAUUUAAGCGCCGCCUUGAAUCAAUUCAAAGAAAAACAAACAUUAAUGCAACGCCACAUGGACAAAGCUAUGCGCUUGGAGCAACGCAUUGAGGAACUGCGAAAUUUCGAAUAUCCAAAUACGAACGAGUUAUGCAUAUUGCAAAAAGAACUUGACGAAAAUGAGAACAAACUACAACAAUAUAAAACCAAAUUAGAUGUUAAGCGCAAGGAGUUUGCUGACGCUGAAAAUGCGAAACAAAAUGUUGAAAUUGAAAUGCGUAAACAUACGGCAAAGCUCAGUGAAAUACAGCGUAAAAUACGUGAAAAAGAGAACGAAAUAAAUGACUUACAAAUGCGCUUGCGCAGCGUUCUGGACAGUUCUCAGAAAUUCGACGAUAAAAAGAAACGCAUAGAAGAUCGCAUACAAACGGAGGAGGCAAACAAAUCCAGUAAACUCCAAGAGCUCAAUAACCAAUUGAAAGUGGCACGGAAGCGUGGCGAACGCAUAAAUACCCAACGCAGUCCGCAAGAUAUUUUAGAUGAAAUCAAAUUAAGUGAAGCAAAAUUAAAGCAAGGUGCACCGUUAAAAGAGGAUCCUGCUAAGUUGGAGGAGGAAAUAAAACGUUUGAAACGUACCCUCGCCGUUGAUCGGAGUCUUUUCGAGACACUAAAACUUGUCACUGAACAAUUGAAGAAAUCGCAUGCGAUUCGCAUGAACUUUGUGCGACAUUUUAAAGGGCACAUGGUGACAAUGCUGCAAUAUACGUUCAACAAUGUGCUGAGUAAACGUCGAUUCACCGGCAAGAUUGAGGUCAAUCAUAAAGAGCAAACUAUGGAAAUUUCCGUUGUGCCGCGCGAUAAUCAUAUUGCCGAUGCUGUCACCAACACGCGAGCGCUGUCUGGCGGAGAGCGUUCAUAUACAACGGUAGCAUUUUUAAUUUCACUCUGGGCCUGUGUUGAUCAUCCAUUCUUCUUUCUUGAUGAAUAUGAUGUUUUUGCGGACGAGGUGAAUCGUGAGUAUAUGACACGUUUACUCAAAUUCGAGGGCGAAAAGCGGCCGAAUCGACAAUUUGUAUUCUUGACGCCACAAGAUAUGUCAAUUGAAGCCACUGAUUACAUAAGAAUACAUCGCUUGGCCGAACCGAUUCGGAAUUAAGUUACAUUAUUUGCUCAUGUAUGCAAUUACAUGCUGUGGCUAAAUUAUAUUUCCUACUCAUUUUGUACCAGUGGUACUCAGUAUUGCUUAAUUUUAUUUUAUUUCACAAUUUACCAAUGAAGUUUUUUUUUAUUUCUUUAUAAUUAAGUUUUAUAUACAUGUACGUAUGCAUUCGUAAUCAUUUCCCUACAAGUAUAUAGACUGCAAAAAAUUUAUGUAUGUGUGUAUUAAGUUUGAUUAAUUUUAUAACCGAAGAAAUGCAAAUGUGUUGAACCGUUUAAUUAUAUAUGUUAACGUUUAUAUGAUCAAUGAAGAAGUUAUGAAAUAAAAAAUGUAUAUUUGUGACAAAAAAUAUAU